AUGGACAUACAGCUGGAUCCUGCCGGAGAUGACCUGCCUCUCAUGGCCAACACCAGCCACAUACUAGUGAAGCACUAUGUGCUGGAUUUGGAUGUGGAUUUUGAAAGUCAAGUCAGUCAUUGAGGGACCAUAGUGCUUUUCCUUGAGGACGGAAACAGAUUCAAGAAACAGAAUCGCUUCUAUCGAGGAAGUUCACAAUCAGAGUCAAACAAAGCCUGCAAAUUGGGGAUGCCUGAGCCCCGCCAUGUUCCUGUGACAAACAAAAGGACCUUCUCAUCUGAAACGGAAUAUAAUGAUUUUGCAAUUUGUAGUAAAGGUGAAAAAGAUACUUCUAAUAAAGAUGGUAACCAUGACAACCAGGAACAUGCUUCUGGGAUUUCUAGCUCGAAGUACUGCUGUGACACAGGGAAUCAUGGGAGUGAGGAUUUUGCUAGUGUUGACUGCUGUGAUUUAUCUGUGUUAAAAGCCUUCCAGGGAGGGGUGGAUGUUGCUGCUGUGCCAGGUAUGGAAAAAUUUACAAAGGUCUCCUAGCUCACUGUUGUUUCUGAGAGCUUGUGGAAUCAGAUUGUACGUGAACUUGUGACUUUGUCUGCAAAUCGUUGGAGGGAGCAAUUGACUACAUAUCGCUGCAGCCAGGCUGCUGGCUGUGGGGAACUCCUCUUUGACACUGACACUUGGAGCUUACAGAUCAGGAAGACAGGGGCUCAGACAGCUACUGACUUUCCUCAUGCUAUCAGGAUAUGGUAUAAAAAACCCGAAGGGCGAUCAGUUACAUGGACCUCAGACCAGAGUGGCAGGCCGGUGUUUAUACUUGUGGGGUCUCCGUAAACAACAGGGUCUUUUUCCAUGCCAGAGCCACCUGCUGUUAGUGUCAACAUGGUACACAGUUCUAGCAGCUGCAUCUUUGUUGUUUUAAUGAGUGGGGAAAAUUCUGCCAAGCCGACGCAGCUUUGGGAAGGUACUGGUGCCUGCUGGUAUUACGCAACCAUGCUGAUGCCAGCCUCCACCUUCACAAUUGCAGUGGGAUGCUGGACAGAAGUGAAGAUGGAGACGUGCUCAUCGGGUGAUUUGGCAACAGAGACACCCUUCUCACCUUCUGAGGCUGAUCUCAGGCAUGUUGGUGUUUGCAGUCACAUGGAAUACCCCUGCCGCUUCCAGAAUGCUUCUGCCACCACUCCAGCAGAUCAUUCUCAUCGUGCCUUUGCUCCUGUGUGCUUCAAGGGUGCCUGCCAAGAGACCCUUCUGCAGCUGAUCCCUCCUUGCCUCUCAGCAGCACAUUCUAUUCUGGGAACACACCCGUUCUCUCGGCUGGAUGUUCUCAUCGUCCCUGCCAACUUUCCGAGUCUGGGGAUGGCCAGCCCACACAUCAUGUUCCUCUCUCAGAGCACCUUGACAGGAGGGAGCCAUCUCUGUGGGACCCGCCUCUGCCACGAAAUCGCCCACGCCUGGUUUGGCCUGGCCCUCGGGGCCCGCGACUGGACGGAGGAGUGGCUGAGCGAAGGCUUCGCCUCUCACUUGGAGGAUGUGUUUUGGGCUGCAGCACAGCAGCUGGCCCCCCACGAGGCCCGGGAGCAGCAGGAACUGAGGGCCUGCCUGCGCUGGCGUCGCCUCCAGGAUGAGAUGCAGAGCUCCCCCGAGGAGAUGCAGGUGUUAAGACCCAAUAAAGACAAAACUGGCCACACAAGUGACUCAGGAGCAUCUGUUAUCAAGCAUGGACUCAAUCCAGAGAAGAUCUUCAUGCAGGUGCAUUAUUUAAAGGGCUACUUCCUUCUUCGGUUUCUUGCCGAAAGACUUGGAGAUGAAACCUAUUUUUCAUUUUUAAGAAAAUUUGUGCACGCAUUUCAUGGACAGCUGAUUCUUUCCCAGGAUUUCCUUCAAAUGCUACUGGAGAACAUCCCAGAAGAAAAAAGGCUUGAGUUGUCUGUUGAAAACAUCUACCAAGACUGGCUUGAGAGUUCCGGAAUACCAAAGCCGCUGCAGAGGGAGCGCCGCGCCGGGGCGGAGUGCGGGCUCGCGCGGCAAGUGCGCGCCGAGGUCACGAAGUGGAUUCGAGAGAACCGGAGACCCCGAAAACGGAAGCGCAGGGCGAGGGAGGCGGUGCUGGAAAAGCUUCUUCCAGACCAGCUGGUCUUGCUUCUGGAGCAUCUCUUGGAGCAGAAGACUCUGAGCCACCAAACUCUGCAAAGCCUCCAGAGGACAUACCACCUCCAGGAUCAGGAUGCAGAGGUUCGCCAUCGGUGGUGUGAACUCAUUGUUAAGCACAAGUUCACAAAAGCCUACGAAAGUGUGGAGCGGUUCCUUCAGGAGGAUCAGGCCAUGGGCGUGUACCUCUAUGGGGAGCUGAUGGUGAGUGAGGACGCCAGACAGCAGCAGCUCGCGCGCAGGUGCUUCGAGCGGACCAGGGAGCAGAUGGAUAGGUCCUCAGCCCAGGUGGUGGCCGACAUGUUAUUUUAAUGAGGAAAGAUCCCAGCGAGAUUCUUUCAUUCACCUCCUCCUAGCCUGGGGGACUGGCCCUGGACAUCAAAGGAGGGAUUAUGUGGCUGCUAAAGCCGUCAGCCCACAGUCCCGUUCAGUCUUGGUGCUUCUCUUUCCCGGAGGCCGGUCCCAGCCAGGCACGCACAAAAGGCAGAUUCUCGUAAACGCGGCCUCCCGCCCUGGAUCUGGAGCGGAGCUGCUCUGGGAUUUCGAGUUCUUCUGCACAGACGAUUAAACAUAUCCGAGAGACGUUGGAAAACCUGCUGAACGUUUUACGUUGGUCUGCUCAGCACAUGGCUGGAUGUGGAUAUUUCUGUAAUUCAGGAAGUCACACUGCUCCUGUGUACCAAGACCAGUGGGCGCCGUUUGAUGUAGAAGAGCAGAACGAGACUCUAAGAUUAUUCUUAAUAAAUGUAAUGGAUUUUUUUUUUUGUA